UGAUGUGUAGUAUUUUGUCAAAUCGUGAGUCCUCGAUAAAUUUGAUUUUAAUUGGCACAUAAAUGUAUGUCUUUACAGAAAUUAUAUAGAAAUCUUAUUCUCCAGAAAAAAACCUUUAAAUUAAUGUGAUUGUAUGCAGUGCUAGGGUUCAAAAGUAAGAGUUACAAUAUGAUGGACGGAAAUGAUUUAGGGUCUGAUACAAGACGAGGUUUUGUAUCGCAAGGAUGGACGCGUAUUUCACAGAUUUAUCAAGGGCUGUUAGAUAAAUGGACACCUCAUACAAAAAGUAGAUGGGCAGCAGCUAUUCUACUUAUAUUAGUAUUCAUUCUCAGAGUAUUCUUAAAACAAGGAUGGUAUAUAGUCACCUAUGCACUAGGAAUCUAUCAUUUAAAUUUAUUUAUUGCAUUUUUGACACCAAAGAUUGAUCCAGCCAUGGAUUUUGAUGGAGAUGAUGAGAAUGGUCCAGCUCUACCGACAAGAUCCACAGAAGAAUUUCGGCCAUUUAUCCGAAGAUUACCUGAGUUUAAAUUUUGGCUAUCUGUAACCAAAAGUACCAUAUUUGCCUUUGGAUGCACAUUCAUUGAUGCCUUUAAUAUACCAGUGUUCUGGCCUAUUUUAGUUAUGUAUUUCAUAACUCUAUUUUGUAUUACAAUGAAGAGGCAAAUCAAGCACAUGAUCAAGUACCGCUACUUGCCAUUCACCCACAGCAAGCCCAAAUACAAAACGGUAGAUUCAACAGUAACUGUGAACUGACGACGUGAAUCCGAACUCCUCACACAGUGCCGCGAGUUGAGUUACUUGAAACUGUUGUAUACCGACUUAUGUUUAUAGAAAUACAGUUUAUAUUGUAAUGUU